CGCAGAGCUCCCAACCGAGGAAGGGAAGUCCCUGUGGGAGCUGGUGCUGGAGCAGUUCGAGGACCUUCUGGUGCGCAUCCUGCUGCUGGCUGCCGUGGUCUCCUUUGUCCUGGCCUGGUUUGAGGAGGGCGAGGAGACCAUGACAGCCUUCGUGGAGCCUUUGGUCAUCAUGCUGAUCCUCGUGGCCAAUGCAAUCGUGGGCAUAUGGCAGGAGCGCAAUGCCGAGAGUGCCAUCGAGGCCCUGAAAGAGUAUGAGCCAGAGAUGGGCAAGGUGAUCCGCUCGGACCGCACGGGCGUGCAGAGGAUCCGCGCCCGGGACAUUGUCCCCGGAGACAUUGUGGAAGUGGCCGUGGGAGACAAAGUGCCUGCUGACCUCCGCCUCAUCGAGAUUAAGUCCACCACGUUGAGAGUGGACCAGUCCAUCUUGACGGGCGAAUCUGUGUCUGUGACCAAGCACACAGAUGCCAUCCCAGAUCCCAGAGCUGUGAACCAGGACAAGAAGAACAUGCUAUUUUCUGGCACCAAUAUCGCAUCAGGCAAGGCAGUGGGUGUAGCAGUAGCCACAGGCCUGCACACGGAGCUGGGUAAGAUCCGGAGCCAGAUGGCCGCUGGAGGAGGGAGGCAAGGGCCCACUUCAGCAUUGCUCUGCGCUCCCCAUCCCCAGAUGUUCGUGGUAGCCGAGGUGGAAGCAAGUGCCUGCCGGUUGCACGAGUUCACCGUCUCGGGUACCACCUAUGCUCCGGAGGGCGAAGUGCGGCAGGGAGAGCAGCUGGUGCAAUGCGGGCGGUUUGAUGGGCUGGUGGAGUUGGCGACUAUCUGUGCCCUGUGCAAUGACUCGGCGCUGGACUACAACGAGGCCAGGGGCGUGUAUGAGAAGGUGGGAGAGGCCACGGAGACAGCCCUGACCUGCCUAGUGGAGAAGAUGAAUGUGUUCAACACGGACCUGCAGGCCCUGUCCCGGGUGGAGCGAGCUGGUGCCUGUAAUGCGGUCAUCAAGCAGCUGAUGCGGAAGGAGUUCACCCUGGAGUUCUCUCGAGACCGGAAGUCCAUGUCAGUGUACUGCUCGCCCACUCGCCCUGGCCCAGGUGCCCAAGGCAGCAAGAUGUUCGUGAAGGGGGCUCCUGAGAGUGUGAUCGAGCGCUGUAGCUCAGUCCGCGUAGGGAACCGCACAGUACCCCUGAACACCACCUCCAGGGAGCAGAUUCUGGCCAAGGUCCGGGAUUGGAGCUCAGGCUUGGACACUCUGCGCUGUCUGGCACUGGCCACCCAGGAUGCACCCCCGCGGAAGGAAGACAUGCGGCUGGAUGACUGCAGCAAGUUUGUGCAGUAUGAGACGGACCUGACUUUCGUGGGCUGCGUGGGCAUGCUGGACCCUCCAAGGCCCGAGGUGGCUGCUUGCAUUGCACGCUGCCACCAGGCAGGCAUCCGUGUGGUCAUGAUCACAGGGGACAACAAAGGCACAGCUGUGGCUAUCUGCCGUCGGCUUGGCAUCUUCAGGGACAUGGAGAAUGUGGCUGGCAAGGCCUAUACAGGCCGUGAAUUCGAUGACCUCAGCCCUGAGCAGCAGCGCCACGCCUGCCGCACGGCCCGCUGCUUUGCCCGUGUGGAACCUGCACACAAGUCUCGAAUCGUGGAGAACCUACAGUCCUUUAAUGAGGUCACUGCCAUGACUGGAGAUGGAGUGAACGAUGCCCCGGCCCUGAAGAAAGCGGAGAUCGGCAUUGCCAUGGGCUCGGGCACAGCCGUGGCCAAGUCAGCGGCAGAGAUGGUACUGUCAGAUGACAACUUUGCCUCCAUUGUGGCUGCGGUGGAGGAGGGCCGGGCCAUCUACAGCAAUAUGAAGCAGUUUAUCCGCUACCUCAUCUCCUCCAAUGUCGGCGAGGUUGUCUGCAUCUUCCUCACGGCAAUUCUGGGCCUGCCAGAAGCCCUGAUCCCUGUGCAGCUGCUCUGGGUGAACCUGGUGACAGAUGGCCUACCUGCCACGGCCCUGGGCUUCAACCCACCAGACCUGGACAUCAUGGAGAAGCUGCCUCGGAACCCUCGCGAGGCCCUCAUCAGUGGUUGGCUCUUUUUCAGAUAUCUGGCUAUUGGAGUGUACGUCGGCCUGGCCACAGUGGCUGCUGCCACCUGGUGGUUCCUGUAUGAUGCCGAGGGACCUCACAUCACCUUCUACCAGCUGAGGAACUUCCUGAAGUGCUCUGAGGACAACCCACUCUUCGCCGGCAUUGAUUGUGAGGUUUUCGAGUCACGCUUUCCCACAACCAUGGCCUUGUCUGUGUUGGUGACCAUUGAAAUGUGCAACGCCCUCAACAGCGUCUCGGAGAACCAGUCGCUGCUGCGGAUGCCGCCCUGGCUGAACCCCUGGCUGCUGGCAGCUGUGGCCAUGUCCAUGGCUCUGCACUUCCUCAUCCUGCUGGUGCCGCCCCUGCCCCUCAUUUUCCAAGUGACCCCGCUGAGUGGGCACCAGUGGGUAGUGGUGCUCCAGAUAUCUCUGCCUGUCAUCCUGCUUGAUGAGGCUCUCAAGUACCUGUCCCGGAACCACAUAGAUGAGGAAAAGGACCAGAAGUGAGUGCUCAGAGCUGAGUGGAGUCUCCAGUGUGUACCUCGGGCUGAUGGUGCCCAAGCGUUUGCCCCACUCCCUGCCCUGCUACCAUGCUCACCUGCUUGCUCGCCGGGCCUUACCGAGUCUGGAUUGGCCACCCCAGACCCAGUCCCGGGUUCGCUAUCCCCACUUCCAUCUGCCUGGGGGCUCUGUGCUUCAUGUCUCGGGCUCUCCUGGGAAGUUCAACCCUGAAUUUCUGGCCUGGGAGGGGCCUGCCCAGAAGCCAAAGUUGGCAGCCGAUCUAGAGUUACAGAGCCCUACACACCCAAAUCCAUGAGCACAUUCUGGAGCCUGCUCCCGCUUGCUUGGAGACUGGGUAUUAUUUGGUAACCAGAGCCUCUGUGCUGAUGGAGGAUGCCUGGAGACCACUCUCGCCACUAAUCUCAGAGCCUGGUCUGGGGCCUGGUCAGCUGGGGGUGGGAAGGGGGACAUCCGGGACAUCUGGGUCCAGCUGUGCACAGCAAGUGUGGGUAGCCCCCCUCCGCUCCUCUGCUUCCACAGAGUUGGCUCAUGAGGACUUGAGCCUCUUUCUGUUUAUAUAUGUAGGGAGUUGAAAGGUCAGAGAGAGGGACACAGGAAUGGGGGAGGGGACCGAGCAAGGACUCUCUUUCACUUCUAGACUAGCCUGCCUCGGCUCGGUUCACUUCUAGACUCAGUUUUCCUGCCCUAAGCAAAGAAGGCAUGCCCUCUCGAUGCUGCCUGGUAUGCUGAGCAGGGGCCAGAUAGGCCCUCUGUGUGUCUGGCACCUGAAACCAUAGACAUCCUUGGGUUUUGGACCACUGUGUCCUACCACCCCAACCCCACGCUUAACCAUCUCGAGGUCUACAUGGCUGGGUGAUUCUGAGUCCCUGGACUCGGCCUCACUCUUUGCCCCCAGCCCCACACACCCAUGAGCUGAAAGGAUGUCACUCAGAAUGGCUAGUUACGUAAGGGGCCUUCCUCCCUCCUUGCUGGAGGAAUGUGUGUCCAUAUGGAUCAUGUCAGACGAUUGGAAAAAAGCAUUUGAUGGACAGAAAUGUUCUCUUAACUCAGCUUUUGCCCCUUUGGCAAAAAUUAGUUGUAGAAGAAAGCAGUGAGUAAAUGACUAUGUGUCCUUGCCCUUCCUACAGAGUAUACAAAGUGAUUAUUUUAUAUGUAAAUCAAGACUCACAUCCCUGUCCUAGUUCCCAGAAUCAAAGCCCCCUCAGUCUACCUUACAGACAAAUGGGCUCCAGGGCCUGUGGCUCCUUCGCACACCCUUGCUCCCUGCUCUGGCUCGCGGGUUCUGGAGGGGCUGUGAGAGAAACGGAGUUGGGCUGGGUCUUCCUGGUGCGAGCAGACAUUUUCUGCUGCUUUCCUGCUGGGGGAAGGGAGAUCUUAGUGGGAGGGGUGGGGCAGGACCCUGUACCCAUCUGCUGACAUACAGUUUGGUAGAGAAAUAAAGGUUGAGUGCCUGGGGCACC